ACUAACUAGCUACACACUGGCAUUAAAGCCACGAAAAGAUGCGCCUUCACGGGAUUAAAACAAUAAAGCAAACAGCAAGAAGUCUGGAAAAACUUUGUACAACUGUGCCCAAACUUUGAUAGACUACAACCCAAAUCACUUCCCUUCAGUUUCGAGUGUGUUAGCAUUGUUUUAUCUCACCACUAUUGCCGUUGGACGCGUUUUUUUUUCUUCUGGAGCAGUCCAGUCUGAUGAAUUCACCGAAAAAAGACGGAGAUGAUGAUGUGCCCGUUAAAGACCCGGUAAAAUACGGCGAAUUGGUCAUUUUGGGGUACAAUGGCUCUCUUCCCAGCGGAGACCGCGGGCGCAGAAAGAGCCGCUUCGCUCUGUACCGAAGGGCCAAGGCCAACGGUGUCAAGCCCAGCGCUGUGCACAUCCUCAACACCCCACAGGACAGCAAGGCUGUCCACAGCAGGGGGCAGCACAGCAUCUCUUUCACUCUGUCCCGCAACCAGACAGUGGUGGUGGAGUACUGCCAUGACAACAGCACAGACAUGUUCCAGAUUGGACGCUCCACAGAAAGCCCCAUUGACUUUGUGGUGACGGACACCUCCGGAGGGGAAAAGGAGGGUGAGGACCCCUCCAUCGCUCCCAGCACCAUCUCACGUUUUGCCUGCAGAGUGGUGUGUGAACGCAACCCACCGUACACUGCACGUAUCUACGCCGCUGGCUUUGACUCCUCCAAAAAUAUCUUCUUAGGGGAGAAAGCAACCAAAUGGAAAAACCCUGAUGGGCAUAUGGACGGCCUGACCACCAACGGGGUGCUAGUGAUGCACCCAGAGGGGUUCCCAGAGGACCCCAAGCAGGGUCUAUGGAGGGAGAUCUCUGUCUGUGGGGAUGUUUACGCCCUGCGGGAGACACGCUCUGGGCCCAGCCGGGGGAAACUGGCGGAGGGUGAGAGCAGUGCACUGCGUGAUGGUUCCCUGGUCGACCUGUGUGGUGCCACCCUGCUGUGGCGUACAGGUGAGGGUCUCAUGCGAGCUCCCACCCUGCGUCACCUGGAAGCGCUUCGCCAGGAGCUCAAUGCGUCCCGGCCCCAGUGUCCUGUCGGCCUCAGCACACUGGCCUUCCCCAGCAUGCCACGCAGCCACAGGUGGGAGCCAAACCUUGAAGAGCGUCAGCCUUGGGUCUACCUCACCUGCGGCCACGUCCAUGGACGCCACGACUGGGGCCAGAGAUCCGAGGGAGUGGAGAUGCCAGGAGAGGGCGAGAGUUCCACAACCCGCAGGGAAUGUCCCCUGUGCAGGACCGUGGGUCCCUACGUGCCCCUGUGGCUGGGCUGUGAGCCUGCUGUGUACGUGGAUGCUGGAGCUCCCACUCACGCUUUUGUGCCGUGCGGCCACGUCUGCUCGGAGAGGACAGCCAGGUACUGGGCCGAGACCCCGCUUCCCCACGGGACGCACGCCUUCAGACCCGUCUGCCCCUUCUGCUCCAGUGCCCUCAGCACCCCCGGCUGGACGCGGCUCAUCUUCCAGGGCCCCAUCGACUAGUCGCCACUCCUCAACAACCACUCUCACAAUAACACAAAGAUGCCUGAGCUUCAUUCAUGUCGCAAACCUCGGUCAGUGUUCAGCAUGGAUAGGUAAAUGAUCAGGAGUGCUGGUCGUUUUCACGCUAUAACAGCAACUGUGCUCUACACUCACAUUCUGAGAGUAUAACAAACAUUGUCCAGCAUUGUUACUGAAUGUAGCUCAAAGCUAAAUCCUCCCCCUUGUUUAUCCUUCAAUGCUUUAUUGAUUGGUAUAAGAUCUGGAGAAUAGGUGGAAAAAAACAUGACGGAAUGAUCAAUACUGUCAUGUGGACAGUAUUUACUCUGGGAAGAUUCUGCUGUUUGUCAUUCCAACCAAACACUACACCUUCACUGAUUACCGAACAUCUACAAGAGAGGGUUCUCAUAAAGUAAACUAGAUACACAGGAGCCUAAAUGAUGCUGUUUGACCCUUUAAAAAAAAAAAAAAAGUAUCACUUUUUCAUUAUCAAAUGAUUCAACAUUGCCCUAAUUAUACACUCUGUCUUACGAAACAGAUCAAAACACUUUUAUGUGUCUGUUUCAGAAGCCAUGUAUACAAAUGACACGUAGCUUUUUGCACAAAAGUAAGGAAAGGCCUUUUUUUACUCGGUUGAUCUGCAGUGCCUUGCACGUCUGCAGCGCCUGUGUGUCCUUAACUCGGUGAAAUGCCACCUCUUGCACUUCUUCUCGGCCUGACUUCCGACCACUUCUUAGUUUCUAACAAGUUACAACAUGUUACUGUAAUGCUACGAGUCAUCAAACAAUUUAAACCCAUCUGGUCUCAGCUUCUGGCUAAAAACACCUUCACUUUAUUUCACACCAAGUAUCUUUUAUACAUUUGCACACGGACUUCCCUGUCUUCCUUCCUGGAUGACCUGCUGAUUUAUAUUCAUAGCUGUAUUCUCAGCAGGCCGUAUUAACCACUUAAAUGUAAAGGUAAAUGCGGGAGGUUACAAGGUGAAAUCAGAGGCUUGUGCUUUAUUCAGCAUUUCAAGUUCCCAGUCAUUCAUGAAGGGAAACUUAUUAAUCAGUAUAUGCAGUUUUCAUGCUUCUUUUUUAUGUGAAAUCUACCACAUAAACUAGACCCCUUGUGCAGUGUUAGGUUGGAAUGAAACCUGCAGACUCUGAUCAUCUCUGAAGCACUAGAGAGAACACUACGCGCUGUAUGAUCGCACCACAAAGAGUUCACUUCUUAAGGCCAGAUCUUAUCCUGAUUAUCAAGCAGACCGAGGAUUAGCACGGGGCCGGGAAUGAAACCGGGUAAAAGUCCACUUCAUUACUCUCUACAGCAAUAAUAGCACUCCCAUAGAUAAGCUAGAUGUGCUAUGUUUAGCCAAGUGUAAGGUCGGCGGUCGCUUUUGAACAUGGCUGAAAUGGUUUCCAGGUUAAGAGCUCAACCAGAGGCGUGUUCAAUAUCACGAUUUAUCCUAUUUCCAAAUCUGCUGUCGUGUGUGUGAAGUAACCAAAGCACUAGAAUUUAAAGAUGAGCAACUGAGUCAGUGAUUAAUCGCCUCACAUUUAUUAAAAUACUCAUUUCAGACGCAUUAAAAGCCAAAAAAUGCUGACAAAUGAGCUGAAGAACAACGCAGCUGUCAUGAAAGAACAUAUCGUGUCGCUGUGAUUAUUUGAACACACUUCUGGUUACUGAAUUAUGCUUAAACAGGGUCCAUGUUAGUAUGGUAGAGUGUCAAUAAGGUUUGACUUGCAUAACCUCAAAAGAUAACCUUUUUUUUUGUUUCAAAGAAAACUAUUUUGUUAGGAAAUGGGGGGGGGGGGGAUUUCUUUUAGAUGUUCAGUGUUUAAAAAAACAACUAUUUUUCUAACUGAUAAUUGGUUUUAGUUAACCGUUGUUACUCAGUGUAAGCAAGUUCUGUAUGUUUCAGAAUAUUAUUGUGUGGUAGAUAUAGGAGAACUUGUGAGUGAGAAAACAUUGCCAACACUGUGUCCAACAAACACACACUUAACACACUGCUACCAUAAAAAACAUUGCCCAGACAAUGAAUGUAGCCAAAUACUCAGGCUAUAUUUAGCCUUUCCUGGUGCUCAUAUUGAAUGGUCUAUAUUGUGAUACUAUUUUUGUAACUGAAUAUUAUGGUGUAGCUUGGUGAACUUAAAAAAAAAAGUGAGAUGAUUUCGAUAAUAGCCUCAAGUGUGGAAGACGUAUAAUUGAUAAUACACACUCACAUGGAAAUUGUGUCUAGCUUGCAUGUGCUGAACGUACACAUACAGUAUGUACACUACACGUACACUUACUCAAAAAACUUUGCACGGUUGAUUGCCAACCUGUUAUUCAUGCUGAGAGCGUUUGUCGCAGACCAAGAUGUCUUCCGAGUCCUCAGCUGUUAAAACCGCAGAAUUUCUGUUUUAUGGUUUUUGUUUUGGAAAAACCUCUCCAAAAGAAAAGAAGAAAAAAAAACUAGAGAGAGCCUAUAAAAAAAAUCCUCAUACUUGAUAGAUGCGUGACGUUUGUGAAUGAGACCUAUCGAAUCCCACUUUGUACUACUAUGCUAAUACUUUCCACCAAACUAAUUCACUGCAGAGAGAAGUCCGCUCGUUUUCAUUUUGUAUUUAGAACGAUCAUGGAACAUUUAAAGCUAUUGGAAAGCAGCCUGCUGUUUUACAAAAUGCCAUUUGAAGUCUAAAUACAAGAUUUAAACUCCCUGUAGUGCGGCGGAUGAUUGACGUAGUGUUGAUAAUUACUGUAGCUCAGGAUCAGUGAUUUCAGAUUCACAGCUGGCGACGCCUAAAGGAAGCCAGGUCGAAGACACUUUCAGUCAAAAAAAGUUUCACAAACACAUGAACUAGAUGUGAGAGUAAUCAUCUAACGUAAAUGCCAAAUUGUAGAGGGCAUACUGUAGAGUAGAUCGCCACAGGUCUAGCAUCAGUCACAUACGGGUCUUAAUAAAAGGGGUCGAGACACAAACAGGCUAUGAAAACAUCUCCAUCAGCUGCCCUUUUCUUAGCACGCCAAAUCCAGUGAAUCCUGCUUUUGAAGAUAAUAUAUACAACAAUUAAUGUAACACCAUUGGCAUGUCGAUGGAGAACCGUUGCAGCACCCUCAUUGGCUUCUAGUUUAUAACCUGAAAUAUUUAUUUUUAGCUAAUUUCUCUUUACUUUUACUUUUUGUUUUAAUCUUCAUUUGAACCCUCUUAUAGGUGUCCAUAUGCAAUUUCCUCUUCCUUGUUUUUAGAUUUUAGUAUUGGUGAAUUUUUCAGAUUCAGUAUUUUACGUUGUUUGAUACCUCCAGUUACGUCAUUAGCAGUUCCCUUUGUUUUUUUUAAUUACUUUUUAAUUGACCUUCACUCAAGAUGGCAAAACCUCAACCUUCUAACUCAUCUUACUAAAGGGGAGUCAUGUAGCUGACAUAAAGCAGAAAAACCUCACAGUUAACAAUGCAUUCCUUUUAAUACAUCUGUGUUGUAUGUACAGCUAUUUUGUAUUAUUUUAUAUCAUAUUCUCCUGUAAUCGUCCGGUGCACAGACAAUCGCUAUACACAUGUCAAUAAACCUGUUAAAAAGUUGAA